UUCAUGUGCUCGCUAGCAAGCGUUUCUUGACAGGGUAAGAAUAAGAGGCUUGUCUUCUCAAACCUGAUUGAACGAAGCCCUAAAGCUAACAGAAGGCGAAGAAACACUGAGCUCUGAUCAUGGCUCUCGCUUCUCGUAUCGUUAACAAAUCCAAACUGGUUUAUGCUAGUCAAAUACUUGUACAAAAGGAGCAUGCCAUUUCAGUACGUCACUUUGCCAAAGACUCCAGUCCUCCUGCCUUGAAGGGAGAUCGGAUGUUGAAGAAUGCUUUUUCGGAGGUGAAGUCUAAAUUUGAAGCUGCAAUUGGAAUAUUAAGGAAGGAGAAGAUCACUAUUGAUCCGGAUGAUCCAGCUGCAGUUUCUCAAUAUGCAAAAAUCAUGAAGACAAUUCGAGAGAAGGCAAACAUGUUUUCUGACGGUCAACGUAUCAAACACACAAUUGAAACAGAGACACAGGAUAUUCCUGAUGCUCGGACUUAUCUUUUGACUUUGAAGGAAAUACGAAUUAAGAGUGGUAUUAAAGAUGGUAUUGGUGCAGAGGCCAUGAUGAUGGAGGCAUUAGACAAAGUUGAAAAGGAACUGAAGAAACCUCUGAUGAGGGAUGAUAAGAAAGGAAUGGGUCUUCUAAUGGCUGAGUUUGACAAGAUUAAUAAAAAGCUUGGCAUUAGGAAGGAAGAUCUACCAAAGCACGAGGAGCAGCUAGAACUCAAAGUUGCCAAAGCACAACUAGAGGAGCUGAAGAAGGAUGCUCUAGAGGCAAUGGAGACUCAAAAGAAGAGGGAGGAAUUCAAGGACGAGGAAGCGGUUGAAGUCAAAAACUUAGACGUCAGAAACUUCCUCUAAGGCCUGUUUAUUCACAUGACUUGGAUAUGAUGAAUCCUUUCGCGUUUCUUCAAUAAGUGGACACCAUCAAUUUGGGAGUGCAACGCUUAAAUGGCAGUUGACAAGUUAUGUAGCAUCUCUGCAUCUUUAAUAUUUCAACUUGCUGGUGUUAAAGACUGGAAAUUGGGAGUUAUCAAUCUUGAAAAUUUUCCCUUCAAGUUUUAUGGCAUUUUUUGUUCCAUACUUUGUUGAGACGGGUUCGAGCCCAUGUACUCUGUAUAAAGCUUCAUCAGGUCCUUGGUUCCAUGACUAGGGCGAUUGACUAUUUCAGUCAGCAUCAAGUAUAUUUUUCCCCCUUC